AUGAUAGUGCGUUUUCUAAGAACACAGCGAUUUACUAUCGCCAUACUACUCCUGGGGUUCUUUUUAUUCAUCCUCAGUGAUCUGAAGUGGGAUCUGUCUGCAUCAUACGUUGGUCGAUUGCUUGGGCAUUACAAGGAUAUCGGCACCGACUUCCAAGUUCAGAUAUUCUCUCGGGACCCUUUGAUUGUGUACAUCGACAACUUUGUGAGCCAGGAUGAGAUCGAUCAUCUGCUCAACAUCAGCGAGGAUGAAUGGACGCCCUCAAUGGUCUAUCCUGGAGGUAAAUCACAUGUUGACACCAGUCAGCGGGUGUCAGAAUCCGCCCUCCUUCCUCGGGAUGAGAUUGUUCUUCGAAUCGAAAAGCGAGCCCUCGCUUUCCAAGGAUGG